UAAUAAUUCUUUACAUCCUUGCAGCUUGAAUAGUUUAUAUCACCUGUUCGUACUUUUAAGCACCUGGGAUCUUGAAUGGCUGCCAUGGCCACUUGCCUGCCAUCUCUUGGUCGUGUGAAGCUUGCUGAUUUGAUAGCCUCUGAAGGACUUCCUUCUGAUUCCUACAAAAUAUCUGUAUCAACUUUGUCACAGUCACUAGCUCAGUAUUCUGCUGCCAUUAUUCAGCUACCUGGGGGUGAAGGUGCUCUCUUAAGAUCUGGGCUGGAAUCAGCUCGCCUCUACUUCCACCAGAGAACAUCAUAUCCGGCUGCUGAUAUAGUUCAUGCCAAUGACUCUCGUGAAUGGUGCAAGACCUCUGGGUAUUAUGCGGACCCUCAACUAUGGCAAGAAACAUAUGAUUACAGGCCAGGCCUGACUCCUACGGAGCUUAAUAACACUAUGGAAUUUCCUCCUGCUGGUUUGCCUGAUAUAUAUGCAGUACUUGGAAAAGCAGCUAGAGGUAUCUUGGAUGCCAUCAGCUUCUCCUUAAACUUGCGUAGCUCUCUAUUUACGGAAAUACUUGAUAAUGUCCCCCUUAGAAAUCGGGAAAUGUCUUCUUCAGUCCUGUCUGUUUGCUGUCACUCAAGACCAUCGUUUCAAGGAGCUCAACAUCAUACUUUGACAACCCAAGAGGAUGGCCAAUUGGUUAUGUUUCCUGACCAUGAGCAUCAAGUUGAUAAGAGCUUGUUAACUAUAGUUAAGUUAGAAAGAGCAGGUUUACACAUCAGGGACUUUAAUGGACGUUGGAUACUUGUGGAUGGGGAUCUUGGACCCCAUGAAGCAGUUGUCUACCCUGGGCUGGCUUUGUACCAGGCAACUGCUGGUUAUGUUAGCCCUGCUCUGCACCGGACAGAGGUCGGUAAUUUACAAAGUAACAUGUAUGGACGGUUUUCCCUGACUUUCAAGCUCAUGCCUAAAUCCAUGACAAGUCUCAGCUGUUCUGAAAUGAGAGCAGCUGGCCAUGGGGUUGAAGCUCAGUUUCAGCUUCCUAUACCAGUUGAUGACUUCAUGCAGAGGUCCCACCCAACAGAUCAACUCUUUACCAGGCAAAGUUUCUCAAGUUAUAAUUUUCCACCAACUCAAGAUGGAUCUUUUAAGCCCUUGUUAAAGAGGAGGAAGAAUAACACAAGGUGCAAACCAUUGCCACCUUCAAAGAGGUUGCGGCUUGAGGCACAGAGAGUCCUCAAGGAGCGAGUACAGGACAUUGCAGACAAGAAGGGCAUAAAAUUGAGGUUCUGUAAUUUAAAGGAAUGUGAAGGUCACAUACAAUCUCUGGACAGCCCCUGUGGAAGUAUACGGAUGAAGAUCGGGUGGCCACCAGGGGUGCCCUUUGUUCAUCCCCAUGAUCUGCCCAACAAGGCAAAGCUUGGUUUCCUUGAAGCAUACGAACCUGGGUGGACAGCCUCGCAAGAUAUGGAGAAUCAAUCUCCGUAACUUUUGAUAUUUGGUCAACCUCGAUCAUCUUUUAGCUUCACAAACUUUGCCGGAUGCUUCAUUUCUUCGUCCUGAAGGCCCAAAUGUAGACUGGUCCCUUGGUGCAAAGCCCUGCAUGGAACCUUAAAAUUGGAUUAUCUGCAACCAAGUAUCGGGCCAUUUGUACAUGAUUGGACAUAGGUAGUUUGCUGGGAACACUUGCUGGCAUUCUUUCGUAGCCGUAAUAUGUGAUUCGGUAUAUUUCCGCUUC